AUGGCCCCCACCAACCAAACCGUCGACGACUUCACGUUUAUCAUGACAUGUCUGAAACACGCGGAGGGCAAGCCCAAGGUCAACUUCGAAGAAGUCGCGAAGGAGACAGGAGCGAAGAGCGGCAACGCAUGCUACCAUCGACACUGGGGUAUUAUGAAGAAAUGGGGUCUUGCGGGCGGGGGUGGCAAAGGCCGUCAACCAGCUUCAGCGUCUCCUGCCAAGGCUACCACGUCUCGAAAACGCAAGGCAAAGGACGAGGAGGACAGCGAGGAAAACUCAACAGCCAAGAAGGCUAAAGCCACGCCGAAGAAGAAGGCCAUGCAGCCAAAGGUCGAAGAAGCGGACUCCGAGGAUGACGCAGAGGACGAAACGGAAAGCAUUAAGGCCGAAGUCAAGGACGAAGACCAAGAGACAAUUAAUGGAUGA